AUGGAUUCCACUGAGAUUCACCAAACUACUGUCGUGGACGAGCCCAUGACCGAUAACUUCAACGACAACCUCGCUGAGCAGGGUGACCUAGAGGCCCCCCUCAAGACCGAGGAGGAGUAUGCUAUCGCUGAGCUGACUCUGCGUGCUAUUGUCUCCUCCAAGGAGGCCGGUGUUAUCAUCGGCAAGGCUGGUAAGAACGUUGCCGACCUCCGCGAUGAGACUGGUGUCAAAGCCGGUGUGAGCAAGGUAGUUCCCGGUGUCCAUGACCGUGUCCUGACCAUUACUGGUCAAUUGCGCUCGCUUGCUCGCGCCUAUGCGAUCGUGGCCAAGGGUCUUUUGGAGGGUGCCCCGCAGAUGGGCAUGGGUGGUAUUGUCUCUAACAAUGGGACCCACCCCGUUCGCCUUCUAAUCUCCCACAACCAAAUGGGUACCAUCAUUGGACGACAGGGCCUGAAGAUCAAGCACAUUCAGGAUGCAUCGGGUGUUCGUAUGGUCGCGCAAAAGGAAAUGCUUCCCCAAUCCACAGAGCGCAUUGUCGAGGUCCAGGGUACCCCCGAGGGCAUCGAGAAGGCUAUCUGGGAAAUCGGCAAAUGUCUGCUUGACGACUGGCAACGUGGCACCGGCACUGUUCUCUACAACCCCGCCGUGCGCGCUUCCCUCAGCGCCUCGCAGCCACUCAACAACAACCCCCCUGCUGGAAAUGGCUACCAGGGCAACAACAACAACAGCCGCCAGUACAACCGCACCGGCAACGGCGCCGACUUCAGCGAUGGUGGCUAUAACCGCCGAUCCAACUCGGAUGCUGGAAACCGCGGCUACCCCCUAGUUACGGAAGAUGGCGAAGAGAUCCAGACCCAGAACAUCAGCAUUCCCGCGGACAUGGUUGGAUGCAUCAUCGGCCGGGGCGGAACCAAGAUCACAGAGAUUCGCCGAAGCUCUGGCGCUCGGAUUUCGAUCGCCAAGGCUCCUCAUGACGAGACCGGCGAGCGCAUGUUCACCAUCAUGGGAAGUGCUCAGGCCAAUGAAAAGGCCCUAUACCUUCUAUACGAGAACCUGGAAGCCGAGAAGACUCGCCGCAGCCAGCUUCCCCAGGAGUAA